AUGGAAAACACAUUUGACAAGACGGCAUUGGAGACGAUUGAUCUUCUGGAGGCAAGGCUCAAGAGGAUUGAAUAUGCAGUAUGUGGUCACAUCGAUCAGUCCGCUUUACCUAGCCAAAAGCAAACGGCGGUUCAACGUAUGGGGGAAUUGGAGCACUCGCUACAUCAGAUCGCAUCAAAGUCUAGCACAAUUCAAGAUUUAUUGAAACUACAUUCAAGAUAUCCAGAUCUUUUCCAGCAAAUUUCACCGAGUGAAAUACCAGAUACCCUUGAUACAUCGACUCUUCUUUCCAUCGUACUGGCAUCAGCAAGCUCCUACUCUUCCACCGCAUCACGAUUGACAUCUGUGAAUGACACACCGAUUCCUCCAACAGAACUCUCGACCCAACUGAUCAACCUCCAUCCUCGAAUCGCGAAGAUCAGUGCAUUACAAACGUUGCAAAGUGUAGAAAUUACAGAGUUACGAGAACGAAGUGCGGCAUUGGUUCAAAAGUGGUACACGACAGGUGUUUUGGGACAAGGAGAAACCUGGGCUGAGCUUGAAGGAAGAGUUGGACGGGUGGAACAGAAGGUUAGAAGGACUGCUUUGGCAAAGCGGAUGGAUGACGAAUUGGUUUGA